AGAGUCAAAAAAAAGCAUGCAUCGUCCAAAUCGACGAGACAAUCGGUUUCGAAUUAUGAUAAGAAUUGGACUUUGGAUCUUAUUCCUUGUUAUUUUGGGCAUGGUAUUGAAUGGAACACCGUUUCCAGAUAUUCUGCGCCAUUUUCAUGUCAGUGAUUUCAGCAAGGAGCUCGCCGAGAAAUUAAACAAGACGCAGAGUUUCGCAAGAAAUCGUCAGCUCUAAGCUUCUUUUUUCAUGAAUUUGUUUCUAUUUUUCAACUGAUUACUUCUCCCACAUCUCAUUCUUAAAUUCUUGAAAGUUUUCUGCACUAGUGCCUUUAUUAUUUCUACCUGAUUUCACUUUAUCUUAUGCAUUUUUCUUCCACUGAAACAUAUCUGAAAAUGAAGCGUUUUCAGA